AAACAUCCAUAACGACAUGGGCUUAGCAUAGGAUCUGGGAAUAAAUGGCGAAUUGGGGGAACUAACACCCAAUCUUUUGACUACUUAACUUGACAGCCAAAUUGGAUUUUCCUUUGCUAAACUAAUUUCCCUCUUUUCACUACAUUUCUCUCAUUGUGUCCCUCCUCUCACCCGUUACAUUGAAUUUUUUUUGGCAACGGACCCGUUGCAUUAAUUGUGACUUGAAUUAUCUCUUUUCUCUCCACAGGAUUUUUUUUUUUAUGGGUUGAAGAGCAACUAACUUAAGGAAGCAAAGUUGAGAGCUUUUAAUGGCGACUUGUCUCAUCAACUAUCUGUCUUUCUUACUCCUUGCACUCUUUCUUAGCAGUAGCUUCAUAGAAUUUGGGUCUAUUGCUAAACUGAUUCCUCAACAUGAAGUGAAAACUCUUGAAAUAAUCUCUCAAAAAUUGAAGAAUCCAUACUGGAAUGUCAGCCAAACAUCUUGCACUGAUGGGGGUCAGAGCUUCAGUAAAACCUUUGCUAGCAAGGAAGUUAGCAACGUCACCUGUGAUUGUUCAUAUAAUAGCAGCACUGUUUGCCAUGUCACAGUUAUUCAAUUGAAGGGUCUCAAUCUUACUGGCUAUAUACCUGAAGAAUUUGGAAACCUGGUUCACCUGCAAGAAAUUGAUCUCACAAGAAACUAUAUUAGUGGAACAAUCCCAAAAAGUCUAUCAAAGAUUCGGCUUGUGACUUUGGCAGUUUCAGAAACCCGGAUCACUGGUCAAAUUCCAGAAGAAAUUGGACAGAUUGCCACCCUUCAAACGUUGAGCUUGGAAGAUAACCAACUUGGAGGACCUUUGCCCAAAAGCCUUGGGAAUCUGAGAAACUUGCGAACCUUAGUACUUGCUUCAAACUUCUUUAACGGAACAAUACCUGAAACUUUUGUCAAUCUAAAGAACAUUACUGAACUAAGGCUAAAUGGAAAUAUGUUAUCAGGAAAGAUACCUGAUUUUAUUGGGAAUAUAACCAGCCUGGUCACACUGGAUAUUCAAGGCACGUCUAUGGAGGGACCUAUUCCAUCUACCUUCUCUCUUUUGACGAACUUGCGUACUCUGGCAAUUUCAGAUCUCAAAACAGCAAGUACACCUUUCCCAAACCUGGCAAACUUGAUAAAUUUAAGGAGACUAGUACUUAGGAAAUGCUUGAUUACUGGUCACAUCCCUGAUCACAUCCGGAAUUUAGUAAACUUGACGCAUUUCAAAUGCCUCCCUUGCAGAGACCUGAGCUACAAUCAGAUAACUGGUCCAGUUCCGGAAUUAGAUCUUAGAUAUAUGUUCCUUACAAACAACUCAUUUUCUGGAACACUACCACAAUGGCUGUUGAACAGCAAGGAUAAUAUCGACCUGUCUUAUAAUAAUUUCACUGGCUCAGCCCCAUCUAGUUGCCAGCAGUCAAAUGUGAACCUGGUUGCUAGUUAUUCAUCUGCAAAAGGAAAUGCUACAAAUUGGUGCUUGUUGAAGGACCUUCCUUGCUCCACAAAGCCUCAAUAUCAUUCAUUAUUUAUCAAUUGUGGGGGAGGCAAGAUGAGCUUUGAGGGGAAUGAAUAUGAAGAGGAUACCGUAUCUGAUGGGCCAUCAAUUUUUUUCGCAUCUGGACAAAAGUGGGCUUACAGUAGUACAGGAACUUUUCAGUUCGACGGAGAUGCCAACUUCUUAGCAGGGACAUCUGAUCCUAAUGUGACUGGUAUUUACCAAACAGCUCGCUUGGCACCUUUGUCACUUAAGUAUUAUGGACUUUGCAUGAGACGAGGCAGUUACACAGUGAAGCUGCACUUUGCUGAGAUAAUGUUCACUGAUGAUCAGAACUUUAGCAGCAAUGGAAGGCGUAUCUUUGAUGUGGCAAUACAGGGGAAUGAAGUUCUAAAGGAUUUCAAUAUUGCGGAAAAAGCUGGAGGGGUUGGCAAGGGGAUCACAAUGGAGUUCAAAGAUGUCUAUGUUAAUGGGAGCACACUUGAAAUCUACUUGUACUGGGCUGGAAAAGGAACAACAGCUGUUCCAAAAAGAAGUGUAUACGGACCUCUUAUAUCUGGGAUUACAGUGACACCGAACUUCAAAGUUGGCUCAGGUUUAUCUGGUGGAGCCAUUACUGGAAUUGUGCUUGCUUCAUGCACCAUUCUUGUAUUAUUCCUGGGAAUUCUGAGGAUGACAGGUUACUUGUGCGGAAAAGACCAUGAAAAUGAUGAACUUCGGAGGUUGGAUAGAGGUUAUUUUACCUUGAGGCAAAUUAAAGCUGCUACAGAUGACUUUAGUCACAGAAAUAAAAUCGGGGAAGGAGGAUUUGGGCCAGUUUACAAGGGUGUACUACUUGACGGCAAGGUGAUUGCCGUCAAGCAGCUGUCUUCAAAAUCGAAGCAAGGGAACCGUGAAUUUGUAACUGAGAUAGGCAUGAUCUCUGCUCUCCAACACCCAAAUCUGGUAAAGCUUUAUGGCUAUUGCAUUGAAGGAAAAGAGCUACUACUCGUAUAUGAAUACAUGGAAAACAACUGCCUGGCUCGAGCACUCUUUGGUAGGGAAGAUCAGAAGUUACACUUGGACUGGCGAACAAGAAAAAACAUAUGCUCAGGAAUUGCUAGGGGAUUAGCAUAUCUUCACGAGGAGUCAAGGCUGAAGAUUGUCCAUAGGGACAUUAAGGCAACUAAUAUAUUACUUGAUAGGGACUUGAGCGCUAAAAUAUCAGACUUUGGUCUUGCAAAGCUUGAUGAAGAAGAAAACACUCAUAUAAGUACCAGAGUUGCUGGAACCAUUGGAUAUAUGGCUCCAGAAUAUGCAAUGAGGGGUUACCUCACAGAUAAGGCAGAUGUCUACAGCUUUGGAGUCGUCGUACUUGAAAUUGUGAGCGGAACAAGCAAUACACGCUAUAUGCCAAGGGAAGAAUUCAUUUUUCUUCUUGACUGGGCCUAUGUAUUACUAGAGCAAGGGAACCUUCUGGAACUUGUGGAUCCAACUCUUGGCUCAAGUUACUCUGAAGACGAGGUGUUAAGGCUGCUGAAUAUAGCUCUAAUGUGUACCAAUCCAUCUCCCACUCUCAGACCCAAGAUGUCUUCAGUUGUGAGUAUGAUAGAAGGCCAGCUUCCUGUUCAAGCUCGGAUACUCAAUCACAGUGAUACUAGCAAUAGCAUUCAGAGUAAUUGAGCUCGAAGUGCAAUAUCGAUGGAUACAGAUACUCACAAUCAUACUGGAAUUGAUAUACUUUAAUUUCCAUGCACAGCUUUAAAAGAUAAGCUAGAUUCGAUUGAAGUAAAAAUCAUCCAAGUUGUUGAAAAGAAAAUCUCAUGGAAGUUCUUUAGGCAUUAUAUUUAAAGUGUAUAUAUAAGAUAUACAUUUUGACAAAAAAUAUGGAAAGGAAGAGUAUUGUAGUAAAUAUAGUUGGUAUAAUUAGCUAGUCAAUUUUACCAUUUUUUGGUUCAAUCUUGAUGCCUUCAUUCCUGUUGGGAUGCUCUGACAUGGGGAUCAAACUAUGCUCUGAUUUGAUGGUCAAUAUCAUGAACUCAUUGUUAUAAA